UAUAUGUAGUUAGUACCGCCCACUUCCCUAUUUUACCAGGAAGUGGUUGUGUUUGCUCGGAUGACGUCACAACGACCAGCUCUAUUCGAGACUGCAGUGGAAGCCGCUAACGUCAAAAAGUAUCUUUAACUCUCCGACCAACACUGUGACGGCCAUCUUCGACAGAAAGAGGUCCAGGGAGCCACUAGGGUGGCGCUAAAGAGCCGCAGGAUUGCUGACCCUCGCACUAAGAUGCUGGACAUGUGGUGUUGAGCAGCAGGCAGUCCCAGUCCCAGUCCUAGUCCCAAUCCCAGGCUGAGCAGGAGGAUGAGGCCCAUACCUCCAUGACCACUUUAGCCAUCGCCGUGCGCGGCCUCCUGUUGGCCUUCACCUCUAUGAAGCAAGCCGCCAUCUUGGACCUACGCUUCCACCCCAAAUGGCGGCCGAUCGCCGCGGUCUCCCUGCUGGCCUUGGCGCUCAUGUUGUACCUGCACUGGACUGUGGGGGGCGCAGACGCACCUGUGGACGCUCUGCAGCUGCAUCGCAACGACGUGCUGGGAAACGUGGACGCACACGCCCGCCGCCGCCACAGGAGGCUCAAAACUUACAAUGACACCUACCCUCUGAGUCGGCCUGUCAAGACCAAGGACGGCGUCAGGUACUGCAUCGGGGUCAUCGCGGACCUGGACACGGCCUCACGCAGCACCAAAGACCAGACCUGGUUCAGCUACAUGAAACGAGGUCAUGUGACCGUCUCACACGCCGCUGACAGGCUGGAAGUGGAGUGGGAAGAUCAUGUGAUCACACUGGAGACUCACCUGGCUGAGAAAGGACGAGGCAUGGAACUGUCUGAGCUGGUGGCCUUCAAUGGUCAGCUGUACAGUGUGGAUGACCGCACAGGUGUGGUGUACAGGAUUGAGGGCAGGCAGGCAGUGCCCUGGGUCAUACUUCCUGACGGGGACGGCUCUGUUUCUAAAGGCUUUAAAGCAGAGUGGCUGGCAGUGAAAGACGAGUGUCUGUAUGUUGGCGGUCUUGGAAAGGAGUGGACCACAACUACUGGAGAGGUCGUCAAUAACCACCCAGAGUGGGUGAAGGUUGUGGGUUACCAUGGCGACAUCGAGCACGAAAACUGGGUGCCACACUACGACGCCCUGCGGAACGCCGCGGGCAUCAAUCCACCAGGAUAUUUGAUCCAUGAAUCAGCGGCGUGGAGCGAGCGUCUCCAGCGGUGGUUUUUCCUGCCUCGCCGUGCCAGUCACCAGCGCUACGAGGAGACGGCGGACGAGCAGCGUGCGACCAACCUCCUGCUGUCCAGCAGGGCGGACUUCAGCGACAUCACCGCGCGACACAUCGGCCCUUUGAACCCCACACGCGGGUUUUCCUCCUUUAAAUUUGUUCCCCACACGGACGACCAGAUUAUUUUGGCCCUCAAGUCAGAAGAAGACGGCGGCACCAUCGCCUCCUACAUGAUGGCGUUCACGCUCGACGGCCGCGUGCUGAUGCCGGAGACCAAGAUCGGAGAUGUGAAGUAUGAAGGACUGGAGUUUAUCUGACAAACACUGUACUGUAAUAAUUAAUCAUGAAGAUAUUACUUAGCAACUUCCAGUCUGUAGAGAAAAACUAUGAAAAUAGUCUUUUUUUAAUCAAAAUGUUUUUUAUUUUGUAUUAACUUAUAUUUAUACUGACGAGUAUUCCCAAGCUGUACAAUACUAACUUAUCUAAAGAUAGAUAAUAUAUUUAUAACUGAAUAAAUUAAUCCCCCAUGA